UGUUGCUGCUGGAAAUGUACGCGCGGUUGAAAGGAGCGCUCCUGAAUCAUUAUCAUCUAGAAUCAGGUGGACAUUUCUAGCCACGGCACCGCGUAUUCACUUCAACGACAACGAAUAGUUCUUGAAUUUUUUAGAGACAUUCCAAAAAAUUGUAAAAUAGACACUGCUGUCAUAUUUAUCCGUCAAUACCGGCUCAAACACAGAGUAACCUACAGUUAAGAACAGGGCAGAACGUGACACCGGAGAGAUAUCAAAGAACAGUGUUAAGCCAUCUGUCAGACACGCAGACCGUAAACACAAUGGGAAGGAAAAAAAUACAAAUCUCUCGUAUCCUAGACCAGCGGAAUCGACAGGUGACAUUCACCAAGCGUAAGUUUGGCCUGAUGAAGAAAGCGUAUGAGCUGAGUGUACUGUGUGACUGUGAGAUCGCCCUCAUCAUCUUCAACAGCACCAACCGUCUGUUCCAGUACGCCAGCACUGACAUGGACAAGGUCCUGCUCAAGUACACAGAGUACAGCGAGCCUCACGAGAGCAGGACCAACACAGACAUACUGGAGACUCUGCGGAGGAAAGGCCUGGGCCUGGACGGGACAGAGCUGCUGGACACGGAGGAACCCAUGCAGGUGGCAGCAGAGAAGUAUGGCCCACACAGUGAGGGCAUGGACCUCUCCCUGGCCCGCCAGCGUUACUACGUUAGUACUCACACGGGUCUUAUCAGACAGGCCCCCUCCUUGCACUCACCAGAGGCCCAGUUCCUGGUGUCUACUGGCUGUGAGAAUGGAUACCCCAACUCCUCCAACCCCAGCCCGAGCUCCCACAGACCCCCGGCCUUCAAGCCCCUGGGCCCCAGACCAGGCUCAGCCAGCCCUGCAGGGCCCCACUGCCAUGCUGCCUUCAUGUCCCCACACUCAGGUACUGGCAACUCUAUGUUCUCCCACGGCAACCUGACCCGGGCCUUGGAGAUGAAGACUCCUCCCCCUUUGAAUCUGGGCAGUGAGAACCGGCGGACAGAGAGCCACCCAGGCAUGGGUGGCACACGCGCCAACUUUAGCAGUUCUAGAGGCCUACUGUACCCGGGCAUGCACCCAGGGAACCACAUGCUGGCAAUGGGGAAGACAGGUCUGCUGACUCAUGGUCUGGGGGGCUACAGCCUCUCCUCUGCUGGACCAUCUGACUACAGUCACCCAGGUUUCUCCCAUGCCGUGAGUCUACAUCGUGGGACUGUGAACCCAUGGCAGACAGCACAACCACAGGAGCAGCAUGUACCUCACCUCAGCCCAGCGAUGUCCAGUGGAGGGUGCUCUUUUCCUUCUCAGUCCUCAACCCCCACCCCUCCUCCUCACCCCUCCCUCAACCUCAGCAUCAAAUCGGAGCGCUGCUCCCCGGAGCACAUCUGCUCCCCGACCUCUCCGCCCGUGCGCCACUUGAGGCAGCACUCUCCAAUGAGCACCUCCAAUUCCGCUCACCACACCCCCCAGGAGCCCUACCCAGCCAAUGAGAGAGAGGAUUUCCCCAAAGGAGGUGUUCCCUACCCGGCUCAGCACGGGGCAGAGGAGAAAGGAGGGCUGCCCCUGAGGCAAUUAGAAAUCAGCGAUGGGUGGCAAAGAUAGCUAGCAGCGACUACCACACACAAAAAUCCUGCCACAUGGUUUCCAACACACAGAGAGAGGUGAAUGGGGAGAUGGGGUUCACUCGUUCACAUCAUCCCAGAGGAAAGAAAGACCCCCCUUAGAGCUGGGCUGGACUCUCCAUUGUAGGCAAUGAACAUGUGGCACUGCCUCUCUGAUUUUGAUACUGUGAGGAGAUACCGUGGGUGUGUUGUUGUUGGGUUUGGUUGGUUUGUCUGCGUGUUGGUUCAAAAGGGUGUCAAACCACACAUCAAUGUGGUUCUCUCCUCCUGCUUGUUCUACAGCACAGAGCAGAGCAGGGGUGAGAGCAUCAGUCAUUUAGCCACGUAACUUAGAGCACAGUGUUUCAGAUUAAUGCUUCACAUUCAGGUCCCCAUUUAAUGUACAUAUAUAUAACUUUAAUGCUUAGUUUAUCCUUCAGCCCAAAAUCAAUGAAGUGGUCAGCUCACAGGAGACCAAUUAGGGAGCAGCAAGGUUCUAUUCAUCUAUCAUGGUCUCAAUGGGCAUGGCCUCGUGAUAGUGAGUGGGAAGUUGGUCUGGAUAGGAAUUGAUCACAGAAAAACAAAAAUGUAAUCUGCAUUUAUGGAUUUUUGUAUUGAAAAUCUGUGCAUUUUUAAAUCUCUCAGGGAUUUAGAUCAUUGGUUCCAUUACAAAGGUUUAGUGUUGCUUUUAAUAAUACUGAGCAAAGCUGUUUGUUUUUACACUAUAUCCUGCAUAGUUAAAUUAUUUAUUUUUGGACAAUGGCCUUAAUCAUUAAAAAUUAUGACAUCAAUUUAAGACCAAAUGAUAUGUAAUGUGUUUAUUUUCUUAAAUAUGAAUAUUCAAUAUAAACCAAAGUUUAGCAUCUAAUGUAUUUCUAAAAAUAUCUAAAGGCAUGUAAGAAUUAUCCAUCAAUAGUAAUCAUUAUACAUCUUCAAUCUAUUCCCCCUUGUGAACAAUUAAGGUCCAUAUUCAGUAUAACCAUUUUAUAAAGUUGAGCUUUUUUUUUGUUUAAAUAAAUUAAAAAGCUCAGGGCUGGACUACCGCAUUUGGGGUCACUGGGGAACCGACCUCCAGGUACCCUGCUUUUCAACAUAUUUUGUAUUGGAAAAAUGUGCAGUUUUAUAUCAAAUCAAAUCAAAUGGUGUAGCAGACCUUACAGUGAAAUGCUUACUUACAAGCCCUUAACCAACAAUGCAGUUUUAAGUAA